AUGAGACUUCUCCUCCUGACUCUCCUGGGAGUCUGCUCCCUCACCACACGGGUUGUGGAAGGUGUGGGGACUGAAGCCCUAGAAGAGAGUAGCUGUGUGAGCUUUCAAAUCCAGCCGCUGCCAGUUCAAAAAAUCAAGACCUAUACCAUCAGGGAGGGACCCGUGAAAGCCGUGAUUUUUGUCACCAAACGAGAACUAAAAAUUUGUGCUGAUCCACAAGCCAACUGGGUGAAAAGAGUGAUCAAGACUGUGGAUAGCAGGAAAAAUGCAAGAAGGAGCAUGGCUGGAACUGUUCCCACACAAGCCCAGAGGUCUCCCAGCACAGCGAAAGCCCUGUCUGGGUAACAGCCUCAGGACAGUGUUCGCUCACUUGUCAGGCAGCUCAUCUUGGUUCCCAAGCCC